AUGGUUACCUAUGACAAACUAAAUUAUUUUCCAUCAAAUGAAGAUAUUCAUCAUACAUUUACAAAUUUCAAAGACAAUCAAGUUAUUUCUUGUGUUGAUUAUUUUCCAAAAUCAAAAUAUGGUCAAUGUCAUAUUUACUCAUGUCCAUAUACGUUAACAGAUUAUGAAAAUAUAACUAAUAAUUUUCCAGGUGGAUUAUUAAAUACUGUUCAAGAAAUCGAUUUAUUUGACGAACGUCCUUUUGAACAUGAAUUUUUCAUUAAAAUUUGUCAAUCAUUUCCUUUUCUUAAAGAAUUAACGAUAAUUAAUUCCGAGCAACAAAAGUCAAAUAAUGAAAAUCAAAUAUAUUCAAUUAUUAAUUAUACUCAUCUGACUAAACUUCAUCUUCUGCAUGUUCAUGAUGAUUAUGCUGAACAAUUUUUACUUGAUACAAAAACAUAUCUACACAAUUAUAUUCAAUUGUCAAUUCAUUAUGAUCAAUUACAACGCGUAACACAAAAUUUCACAAGAAAUACAACACGAUAUAAUUCUUCAAAAGUAAAACAACUUUAUCUUUAUGAUUUAGAACAAUUACCUGAACAAUAUAAACAUUACUUUCCUUAUCUUAAAUAA